AUGGAAUGGCGGUCUACCGAGUCGGAGGUCAAGGGUGAAUUUCCUGCUACUUUAAAUCACGAACUUGGGAAUGAUGUGAGGAGAAAACUGGCUGAGUGCGGUUUGCUUUCAGUGGAUGCUUCGUUGGAAAAGUUGCUGUAUCUUGUGCGCCUCUUUGCAAGCUUCACGAAUCUCACUUCCCAAGGCGCUGCCCAGACCCCCAAAGCCGACCACAAGGGCGAGAACUCCACUCAAGGCGCCAAGACGGACGGGGAUGAAUCUACAAAAAGGUUGCCGAGCGAAGAAACCCCGAGUGAGCGAUUAAAUGCCAAGAAGAAGCACACCACACGUGAAGGGGAGACCCCGGAGGGUAUUUUGGAACGCUAUUAUGGCGCCUACCCCCCACCCGUAGCCUCCUCUACCUUCUCGUUCUUUCGCUGGUGGAAAGCCCGGGAGCGUUCUUCUUCUUCCUCUUCUUCUUCUUCUUUUUCUUCCCUUGAGGACUCGGCGGUGGGUGAGAUCCACCGGGUGAAUGUCGAGGCCGAGCAGCAGCUCCACGACGACGGCUACGCCACCCACGUGGCGCGCUCGACGACGUUUUGGAGCCCCGCCCACCUCACCCGGCGGGGGUACGGCCUGGAGGGAAGCAUCUUCGUCGUCCUCGUCGCGCCCCCCACGGCAAUGACGAUCCGACGACGAAAAGGGGCGUGGGGGUGGGGCCUCGAGGCCGAACUCGACCGCGCGCGUUGCGCGAUGACGGUGGAGAGCGUUUUCACGCACGCCCGGUGGCCGGCCGGGGUGUUUAUGGGGCUCCCGGAGAUCGCCUUGGUCGAUCGCGAGGCCCCGGCCGAGGCACCCUCGCAGGCCCGCCUCUUUUCAUGCAUCCCUCACGCCUUUACGACGCAUGCCGUCGGGGCGAGUUAUGGGUUGGAAUACAAGGAUCACAUCCGCACGCGGCGGGUGAACGUUCCGGUUUCCUUUUCCACCCUCCCCAACCCCUCCAACCUCACGGCCGCCCGCAGGCUGCCGUUUUCGUCCACCCACGCCGCGCGCGUGGCGGCCCUGCAGCUUUACCGCGGGGAAUCCUACGUGAUCUUCCUGCGCGCCGGGGUCGUGUUGACGCCGAGCUGGGAUUGGCGGCUGCGGUUGAUGUAUCUUCGCCUGCCGCAGCCAAACCGGGCGGUGUUGACGAGUCGGCCCCUGCCGCUCUUCGCGAGCCCGUCCUCCGCGGGGUUCCCCGCGCUUCUCCUGCAGGCGAUGCGCCGGACGAUUCGCGAGAUCGCGGCGGAAAAGGCGGAAAUGGAGGGGCCCUGCCCGGCCGCCUCCGGCUCGCCCGAGGCGCCCUUCACCCUGCAGGAGCUCCGUUGCCGGAUCGAGCGGGAUCCCGGACUCGGCUUUCGGCUUGCGUUACCGCACGGCCCGGGGUUCCCUGUGGGGGAAGGCGAGGCGGAAAUCCCGCCAGCCUCCGAGCCCCACCCCACGAGGCGAGGGAGUCAGCCCCCCAACACCCCCUUGCCUCGGCGAUUUUCCGCCAGGCAUGCUUCCUUCCGCGAUUUCGUCCUUUCGCGCCGCCCGGAGGAGGGGAUCGAGGCGGCGGGUGGCGAAAGCAGCCCCUCCUCCGCGUUCACGACAAAGCGUCGGCUUUUUUUCGCGCGCGACGGGCAGCCAAGCCUCAGCGCGGCCGAGGCCUUUGUUUUGAUCAUGAACCCUCCUAAAUCACUCCUCGAAGAGACCGCGGUGCAGUCCCCGACGACGCGCCCGUCCGAUGAGGGGCUCUCGACCACCCAGGACGACAUCGUCGGGCUUUUCGAGGUUUCGCCGGGAAAAGGGGUUUGCGAGGAUUGGUUUGUGGCGGAAACGCAGGCGAUUCAUCGGCGGCGAUAUGAAAUCUGCUGGAUCGUGGCAAACCGCGAUCGGAUUAAAGCGCAUCUCACCCUGCAGGCCAACGCGGUCGCCGCGGGCGCAGGGGAGGUGAGCCUGAAUCAUCCGAAGACGGUACUCCGAGGCCCCUGUGCUCCUUCCUGCUCGCCUUUCCCUUUUGAAAUCGUGGAGCGCAGGCAGCGACGCGGCAGCGAUUGUUUGCAUGACAUGCGGUAUUUUGAAUCCACGUCAACAUCGUCGUCGGGGUUCUUGCCAGGCCGCACCGGUGCGCUAUCGGGUCCGGAUGCUAUCCAUCUGAGCGACAGGAAUGCUCUCCGGAUCAAUCGCCUCUAUUCCACCCUGUCGGGGGAUUCAGAUUGGAGCGAGGAGACGUUGAACGAAUCCACGACGCCUUUCUGGCUUCAAGGGGUGGCCUCAAGCGACUUUCUUUUCACCCGCGCCGAGGCGUUCUUUAACCACUCCACCGAGGAUGAGCUGCUGCUCUCCUUGACGGAUCUCACGCGGCGGCUUUCCGCGAGACGACCUGACGAGAACACCUCCGCGCGAGGGCGGCGGCGAAAUGAGGGAGAUCUACGGACAACCGCGCACCGACCGGAAGCCGUUCAUCUCGAUCCGUACUUAUUUUACCUCACCGACGAUGAGACUGACUUGUAUCUGAGCGCGACGCUAUGGACGAGUGGUUUCAACUUCUUCGCGCCAACGGAGGCGAUCGCGCGGUGGUAUAUACGGGAAAGCGAUUUCAUCCCACACCACCUCCACCCGACGCGAGCUCUGGAUCCCACGGAGGGUAGUUCCCCUAGCGAUGUGGAUGAGUCGCCCCCACUCAGCAUUCGGAAGCUUCGUGAGGCGACGCUGCGUCGAUGGCGGGAAAUCUUCACCGUUCACGCAGGGAGCUCCGCGAAUGCGUCCAAUCUCGCACGGCGAGACCCGACACUGCUCCGUGCGCUUGGAAGACAGCGCUCGCUAAGGCGCUACCUUGAGUUCGUUGGGCUUAGCUUACAGGAUGUGAUUAUGAAGGAGACCUCGUGA